AUGAAUUUAUUGAAGCAUGUUUUUCCAGAAAAUAACUACGAAGCUUAUGAAGGACUACUACCACCAGCUGUUUUCUUUCGCUUGACGAAGCAAGAAGAAAUUAUCGUUGGCUCAUCUUGUGAAAUUAAAUAUAAUGAUUUUCUAAUUUUUGGAAGCAUUUACAUUAGUACCUCUUUCCUUUGCUUUCAUAGUUUGGAUUUAAAGACUCGAUUUACGUUUCCUCUCUCUACUAUCAGGCAAGUAGAACGGACAGCAUCAGACACCGAUGUGUUUGUAUUCGAUUUAAUAACCCUUCAAAACCAAAUUAUACAUCUUACUAUAAAGGGUACACGUCAACAGUCUGAACUUUUUUGUGAUCGAUUACUACGACAAUUACGAGUGACUUCACCUGAGGCUGGCGAUGUUAAAGAAUUCCUACAUACUUUAGCAUCAGAAAAGCUUCUUCAUUCUGGAAUACUCAAGAAAAGUAAUAACGAAAAUCAAGCAACGUUAUAUCAUCGACUUAAUUUUUCGACAGGAUUGGGAGCACUCUUUGGAUUUCCCUCGAAAUUAAUAAACCCGAAGUUUCAUUCAGAUAUACAUGAAAAGGAACAACUCGAUCGAUGGAGAAAGUAUUUUCUAAAAAGCGGAGCCAAUUUUAACUUUGUGCAAACCCCUUUUUUCUUUACGCUAUUGCAGAAUGGCAUUCCAGAUAAUUUGAGAGCAGACGUAUGGGAAACAUGCUCUGGAAGCUUGUAUUGGCGUUGGAAAUCAAAAAGCUUUUAUAACGAUAAUGUUAAUAGAGUACUAACAGAAACUUGUGAGUAUGGAGAUGAAAUUGAAAGAGAUUUGUCAAGAAGUUUACCGUCCUAUCCAGCUUAUCAAUCGAAAACAGGUAUAGAUGCCUUGAGAAGAGUCUUGAGAUUUUAUUCUGGAGUAAAAACUGAUAUGGGCUAUUGCCAGGCAAUAAAUAUCGUUGUUGCAGCCUUAUUGAUCUAUUGUACUGAAGAACAGGCUUAUUUCUUGUUCUCUCAGAUAUCUGAACUUUACGUCCCUGGGUAUUAUGGCAAAUUAAUUCACGGUCUUUUACUUGAUCUUACUGUUUUUGAGUACACCCUACAACAGACACUUCCUCAUCUUUAUCAAAAAAUAUUUGAGAUGAAGAUGGACUUGAGACUUAUUACAAUAAAUUGGUUUUUUUCACUUUUUAUCAAGGAUUUCCGACUAGAUUACGCUAUGCAAAUCCUCGAUUAUUUCAUAACAAACGGACCUAACGUGUUAUUUCAAAUAGCCCUCGCUCUAUUUAAAAUUAAUGCUCACGGGAUUUUGAAUGCCGUUGACGAUGCUUCUGUAGUGAAUGUUUUCCAAGAUUGCUUUGCUAAAAUCAACACUGAAUCUUCAACGACGACAUGUAAUGGAAGUACUACUAACAAACCAAUUUCAUCUACAUUUUCACAACUCCAGGCCAUUGCCUUUGAAUACUUUGAUUUCAUCACCAAUGGUUAUAUAUUAGCGAAAAGAACGGAGUUUAGAGAAACGGUUCUCACUUCUUUAAAGCUCUUUACUAAGCGUUCGCACCUUCGCGGUCUGUAUCAGCAUACUAAAUUAUCAAACAUAAGUUUGGAAAGUCUUUACGAUGCUUUUAUUGAUGGCAUCGGUGAAGACCAUUUAUGUCACAGCCGCAUAAUGGAGCAGAAAAUAAAUUAUAAUGGCUUUGAGAAACUCAUAAAAAAGUCAAUUCCACGGCAGAUUUUUUUAGAAAAGGCCGCUCAUUAUCAAAAAAGUGAAAGAAAAUUAUUUAAGAGGUUAUAUAAUUGGCUAAAUAGGACUUCAGAUCUUAACGUUCCGUUAACGUUUGAGAAACUAAUUAUUGGCAUUGAAACGAUGAAUGUACUAGCCAAAGAGGCUCCAGAAGUAUUCUGUUUUCAGUUAUACGAUUUUAAUGAAGAAAAAAAAUUACAAACGGACCAAAUCGUUGAACUAUCAGAAUCAUUAAUUCUUAUUUGCUGUUAUGAAGGAAACCACGAGGAUGAUGAAAGACUAACAGUGAUAAGUGAUUUUUUGCGCUCUUGCUUUAAUAAACGUAAACAAAAUCAAAAAGAGGUUCAGAUAUCUCUUGAACAAUUUCAAUACAUCGCUGCAAACACUUCGCUGCUGCCAAUACUCGGGUUUUUUAUAGAGAAGUUAGUCAAAGGAAUGCUCACAAAACGAAACACGAUACAAUAA